AUGGGCACCAUUUGCGACCCCAAACUUAGCUGCUCUAUCGCGGAAGACGUGGGUCUCGGUACGGCCCUGACCAUUGCCCAUGAGCUUGGCCACGUCUUCAGUCUUCGGCACUAUAACGAGGAGAAAGAUUGCAAGACGUUACAAUCUACAACGGAUGUUCUCUAUAUAAUGGCGCCUAAAGCUAUUAGGAGUUACUUCUACACGGCAGACCAGCAGUGUCAGUUGGUCAUGGGUCCAUGGUCUAGUGUUUGUAAAGCUAAAAAGCCCGAAUGUGAAUUUUUAUGGUGUGAGCUGAACCAAUCAAGUUGUCUGCACAAAAAUAUGGCCUGGGCCGAGGGCACGCCCUGUGAUGGGGGCAGGGGGCAAUGUUACCAAAAUAGUUGCACAACGACCUUGCAGUUGCGGGUAGUGAAUGGUGGCUGGGGCACCUGGUCCACUUACUCCAACUGUUCCAGGUCGUGCGGGGGAGGUAUCCAAGAAUCCGUGAGGCUCUGCAAUAAUCCCAUACCAGAGAACGGCGGAAAGUAUUGUACCGGAAAGAGAACGAAAUAUAGAUCGUGCAAUACAGAGUACUGCACAAACAUAGACGAGAGAGAUUUCCGUAACAAUCAGUGCCAGAAAUACAACGGUAACAAUUUUCAAAUACAAGGUCUCGAUCCUGGCGUUAAGUGGAUUGCCAAGUAUUCCGGAAUCGCCAAAGUGGAUAGAUGCGCCCUCUACUGCGAGGUGGAAAAUUUCAGCAGCGCCUACUACAAGCUGUCCGCCAAAGUUAUUGACGGAACCAAGUGUGACCCUACAACCUAUGACAGAGCCGGUUGCGACAACCACCUGGCGUCCAACAAAACGCUAGACGUCUGUGGCGUCUGUGGCGGAAACAACUCCACGUGUUUCGUCAUCUUUGAGCAAAUCAACGAACCGCAAAUAAUUAUCGAUAACUACAAUGAUCUGACCGUCAUACCAGAAGGGGCUACCCAGAUUGAGAUUGAACUUUCAGAGCCUGAUAUAUAUCUUGCUUUAUCGGAUUCGAACGGAAACAGAAUCCUGAACGCAAACAUGCAGAUAGCAAAUUUUGGGAAGGAGAUCCCAUAUGGGAGUACCAUAAUUUACUACAGUGGGGCCAAUGAUGUCCACGAAAGAAUUUUUUCUAACGGGCCUUUGAAAGAGGCCCUCAGAGUUGAUCUACUAUCGAGAUUCGCAAAGUACAUCAGACCAAACGUCAGGUGGCGUUAUAUUCAACCGAGGCAAAGCAGCAGCAACAACAACAGCACAACUAACAUCAACAACAACAACAUAUUUUACAGCAACAACAUCAACAAAUUUGAGAAUACGAUCUACCAGCCAGCCAAUGAUGAAUACAGAUGGUCCGUUGGAAGUUGGGAACCUUGCAGUUUUAAAUGCAAUGGAACCAGAUCCAGGAAAGUAUCCUGUAGAAACGACAGACUGGUGGAUGACAUAGCUCCGGAGUACUGCUCCCACAUCCUUGACCGACCAGCUAGCACGGAAUUUUGUAACGUUAACUGCGCCCUCAGAACAAUCAGGAAAGGUUUGAAACCCUCUCGCCAAACGAUUGCAUGCAUCUUCCUCUGCCUGACAGAUUCGUCACCUGCUAUGUCCACUGUCAAAGUAACUUUACUUGGGUCUAUGGGGAUUGGAGUAAGCUGUUCAGCGAAACUUUGCGAAACUAUGAACCACAGAAGAAUUUUAGUAGCCGGCAACCACAACAAAUGGAAGCCACAAUCGUCGCAACACAGUCCACAAAACAGACACAGGCAUUACACGCCCCCUCCAUCUUAUCCCUACCCCGUUGAGGCACCCCCUACGGAUAAAAAUUUGCCCAAAUCCUGGAGAACCGGUACUUGGACGCAGUGCUCCGUAAGCUGUGGGAAUGGGACAAAAAAACGAUACGUAAGUUGCCGGGACACGCAGGGAAGUAUAGAGACGGAAGACAAAUGUGCACAUCUUGAAAUGCCGGCCGCCGUGGAAAGCUGCCACACUGGCGUCUACUGCGGCGAAUGGAGAUUUGGCGCCUGGAGUGAGUGCUCGCAGACGUGUGGCGAGGGCCAAGAAAGUCGCUACGUCGCCUGCGUGAUUAUCAGCCCGGACGACGAACAAGUGGUCGGUGCCGAUGAUCAGUGUGAUCCCCUCUUGAAACCUCCCAGCGAACAAUCCUGUCGGCUGAUUCAGUGUUCAACAAACAGCAACAACAAAAACAUUAUGAAUCAGGAUGUCUGGCCCAGUCUGAUAUCAGCUGGCAACCCUUAUAUAUGGAUUCCUGGAGAAUGGAGUCAGUGCUCGCUGACGUGUGGCAGUGGCAUACAACAGCGUCACGUGUUCUGCGUCGAUCCUCUCAACCAAUCAUACGACGACGAGUACUGUAGUUCAUCCCCCAAGCCACUCGACAUCCAAUCGUGCAACGAGAUUCCAUGCCCGCAGUGGGUCUACGGCGAUUGGGGGCCGUGUGAAGCCACGUGCGGUCCUGGUGUCACCCAACGCCGCGUUCGUUACUGCCAAUUCAUAAAUGGGACAAUAGCGUCUUCUCAUUACUGCCCACCCAGCCCGGCCAGCAUAACCGUGCAGCAGUGCAUACUGCCCGAAUGCCCACCAACUGGUCAUGAUUUCAGUCGUCUGCUGUUCGUUGAAAGAGAUGGUGGUGGGGGUAUUAACGAAGGGGGCGAUAGGAGACAUCCGUCUGCUGUCGCUGGGCCGAGAAGUAGGGCCCGUGGAAGGCCCAGGUGGUUUAAACAGCCAUGGUCACAGUGUUCAACGACUUGCGGCAAAGGUGAACAAACGCGACAAAUAAAAUGUUCACACGUGUCGACGAACGAAACGGUAAACAGCCGACUUUGCAAACACGCGAGAAAACCAAAAAAUUCGCGCGAAUGUAAAGGCAAUCCGUUCUGUAGUUCAGUUAGAUGGGUCGUUGGCAAGUGGUCGCAGUGCUCGAAAACUUGCAACAAAGGCUUCCAAUCGCGAUCAGUGAGGUGCGUAGAGCGCUCUAGCAACAAACAGUUGAGCAUUGAAGAGUGCACGCACGCCGAAAUGCCUGACGAGAGGAGGGAGUGCAGUGAGAAGGUCUGCCCGUACGUCUGGUUCGCUAGCGACUGGACGCAGUGCUCAACGUCGUGCGGUCCUGGGGUACAGAAACGAACCAUUUCCUGUAGGGCAGUGACCAUCGAGGGCUGGCUCAUCCAGGGCCACCACAACAUUACCUACUGCGACCCACAACUGAGACCCCGUAUGGAACGCACCUGCAUGAACAGGGUCUGCAACGAUGGGAAGAAUUAUCACUGGAAGGCUGAAGACUGGAGGGAGUGUUCCGUGACCUGUGGCUCGGGCAGCCAGCAGAGGCGCGUCUACUGCGUGGACAGUAGGGAGGUGCGGGUCACCUCAGAACAUUGUAACAGACUCAGUCCCCCUGAUAUCAAUAAGCCCUGCUUCAUGCCCCACUGUUACUCUACAUCUUGUUCCCAUUUAAAGACAAACUCGCUAUCAAGAAUUGAUGACGAUUACGUCAUUUCCAUCUACUGCCACGAUAUGAAUACUGACAAUCCCAAAGAAUUCAUCUCACUUAGCGGAAAUCCGGAAGAAAACUUUUCAGAAAUCUUCCCCGAUCGAUUGACCAAUCCCGGCGCAUGCCCUCGAAAUGGCAAUCGCUCAUUGGCCGGCUGUUCUGAUUGCUUACUCCCGACAGCCUAUCAGCAAUCAGGACUGACAAAGUUCACAAAAUUGAGAUUGAACAUUUCCAGUCUGCAAGUUAUUACAAACGACUUUACAUUCGCCACAACGAGUGGCUUGAAAUCAAUCCCGUAUGCGACAGCUGGCGACUGUUAUAGCAAAUCCAACAACUGUGCCCAAGAAGGUCAGAGAGUUCAAGGUCGUUGUGGGGGUCACUGCGGCAAGUGCUCGCCGGCCCGAAAGAACAGAUUGCAACUGAAACUGAACGACGAAUGA